AUGUCGGGUGAUACUACCAACAAGCCUAGCGUGGUGGUUGUUGGCGGGCUAGGUUUCAUCGGCCGCCAUCUCAUCCAUUACAUACACAAGAAUGACCUCGCCUCAGAGCUACGGGUGGUGGACAAACUGCUACCGCAGCUGGCCUGGCUUUCACCCGAGAUCACCGAAGCCUGCAAGGACCGUUUCGUCCAGGCGGAUGCAAGCCGUGAGCAGUCACUCCCCCGCGUCUUUGACCGUGCAAACGGCGGCCAGUUCGACCUUGUGAUAAAUUGCGGUGGUGAAUCCCGAUACUCCCACCCAGACGACGUCUACCGUCUACGCAGCCACGCACUAUCCGUGGCUCUCGGAAAAGAAGCUGCUCGACGAGGAAUCAAGGCCUUUGUCGAAUGCUCGUCUGCCGCAAUUUACAAGUUCGACGAGAAACCACGCAAGGAGACAGACAAGCUGAAGCCAAUCCAGAGACUCACCAAGUGGAAAGUCACUACAGAAGAAGAGCUCGGGAAGAUAGAAGGCUUGAACCUCGCCAUAUUACGAUUCCCCUAUGUAUACGGUGACUAUGACACCGGUCUCCUAACGUCUGUCAUCUGCGUUGGAAGAACGUACAAGGAGAUAGGCCGCCCUCUGACCUUCUUAUACGCCAAAGAACGACCUUUGAACACCGUCUGGGUAGAAGACGCUGCCCGCGCACUCUGGACGGCCGCGACAUGGCGAGCCUCCAAGGGCCCUCUACCUCCAAACCAAGACCCGCCAGCCUUCCCUACCACCUUCAACAUCGUCGAUCACAACAUCACGCUAAAAGGUGACCUUGCAGACGCCCUCGAACGUAAUUUCGGCAUCAAAUGCGAAUUUCUCGGAUCUCUAAUGAGCCAAUUCGCUAAAAUGAACCAGGAGCAAAUCCUAGACGAGAUGAACGAGGAAACUCUAGAAGUCUGGUCUGAACUAUUACAGGCUAAAGGAAUCACGACGUCUGGACCUAUCAGCCCCUUUCUGGAAAAGGAAGUUCUCAAGGACACCGAUACGACCAUCGACGGAUCCCUAUUUGAACAGACGACGGGCUUUACAUAUUUGAAGGAGAAGCUUGAUCCGGACUGGCUUAGUAGUGUUAUCAAAAGUUACGAACGGAUGAACUGGUGGCCUUAA